GAGCGUUAACGGUAGCAACGGCAAUGGCAAAAGCAACAACUAUCAAAGAAGCUCUAGCCAAAUGGGAAGAAAAGACAGGACAGAAGGCUUCAGAGGCAAAGGAGGUGAAACUCUAUGGCCAGAUUCCUCCUGUGGAGAGGAUGGAUGAAUCUCUCUCCACACUUGUUAACUGCGAGAAGCUGUCACUGUCCACAAACUGCAUUGAAAGAAUCGCCAACUUGAACAGCCUCAAAAAUUUGAGAAUUCUGUCUUUGGGGAGAAAUAACAUAAAGAACUUGAAUGGAUUGGAGGCAGUUGCAGACACUUUGGAGGAGCUGUGGAUCUCGUACAACUUCAUCGAGAAGCUAAGGGGGAUCCGUGUAAUGAAGAAGCUGAAGGUUCUCUAUAUGUCAAAUAAUUUGGUGAAAGACUGGGCAGAGUUUGUGAGGCUGGCAGAGCUGCCCUUGCUGGAGGAUCUGGUGUUUGUAGGCAAUCCGCUACAAGAGAAGUACGCCUCCGAUCAGAAGAACAGCUGGAUUGAAGAGGCAACCAAACGAGUGCCCAAGCUGAAAAAGCUAGAUGGCAUCCUAGUUAUAAAACAAGAAGAUGAGGAAGAAGGAGGAAACUGAUAAAGCUUUCUUGUUGGGUAUUUAAUUAUUUAAGUAUCCAGAAUGGCUCAGCACAUAGAACUUUUAUAUAAAUCUCUGUUUUGAAGAAAACCUUUGGGCGACUUUUAAAAGACUAGCUUAUCUCCAUGGUCUCUCACUUGAAUUGUUUUCCAAAAUCUGGGCACACAAAUUUGUCAAUCUCAUGUCACCUUCUGAGGAGACCAGUGGAGCUGAGUUUAUCUAACUAACAAGAGAUCGUCACCUAAAAUAGUUCCUAACUCUUUUAAAUCCCCGAUUAGUGAUGCUUAUUGUUCACUCUUGGGUUAUAGCAAUUUCAGCUUAAGUGCAGCUGGCCAACGUUAUCAUUUGAAACCCUGAGGCCAAGGGCACAGCACUGUGUUUUAGAGAGACUUUACAGGCUUUGUUCAGUUUAAUUUUGUCAUGGGAAUCCCUUAAUAUUGGCAAUACAUGAGUUUGCCUUUUCUGCUCCUAAACUGUUAUGCCAAAAAGGCUCAGUAGUGGUGGACCUGUGCACAGAAGAAAAGGUGUUGGUCUGAUGAUCUCUUGCUGCUGGCCCUAAGUCUUGAAUUGGUUUUCUUGCAUUCAGCGAUUAACUUCAUUGCUUAGAAAGCCAUCUAUCAUUUUGUAUGUAUUUAUUUAUUUGAAAGAAGCAGUAGCACCUUUUUACACAGUUUCAGGUGAGACUAAAACUAUUUACUUUUUUUUUAAUUAUUUGUUUCUUAUAAGGCAGUACUUUAGAUACUUUAAUACUUAUAAGACAGUAUUUUAGAUUGGAAUAUUUAGUCUGUUUGCAGCUGGCUCAGAGUUUCUUUUUGGUUGAUGUGGGGACAAUCCUUCUUGACUCUGGAGCUUUCAUAAACAAGGCAGGCUACUAAUCACAAGCAAACAGGGAACGAGAGACCUGGCUUUGAGCCUCUUGGGUUGCAGGACCCCUGCCUCCCUUCUGAAGCACAGAUGGAGGCAGUGUGUGAAAGGCUUAUGUGGUUAGUGGGGAACGAGAGAAGAGGUGGGAAGUAGGCACUGGGAAAUAAAUACUGAAGUGUUAAAUGUGCUGAAAUGCAGGGAAAAUAGAUUUGUAAAGCCCCCAUAUGUGGCAAGUAACUGAUUUGCAGCAAAAAGCAAUAAGUACUGAUGAAGACAUAUAUCUGAUUGCACUGCUGGGGGCCAAUAGUGACUAUUUUUCUUCCCUUUAGAGAGCAGAUGACCUAUAAACGUUUUUCUGCCACUUUUUUUUAAGCUUUUCUUCUUUCUCUUGGUACCAUCUUUGUUUACAUUGUAAUGGCAAUGAGUCUAUUUGCUGGUUCCAGAAGGAUGCAGAAGGGAUGGAGGCAGAACUCGGCUUCGAGUGAUGCGGUUGGUGGAGGUGUCACAGGGUGGUGGAGAUCGCGGCAGUCGGGCAGAGAAGAGGAGGGCUCAGGAAGUUGGCGCAGGCAAGAGCGGGUUCAGCUCGGCUCCUGUUCACCUGAACAGGGCAGCGGGGACGAGGGGCAGGCCAGUGCCGUGGUGAAUCCUCCAGCAAGGCUUUUUAUAGAGCUAAAUACGAUCUAAUAAUGUCCGUUUACAAAGGCAGAGUUAGGUACUUCAAGUAUUAUAUUUUUGGCUAUUUUGUGACUUUCUGA